GUUACUCCUUCUAUCGGUCAGACACAUUCAUCGACGGCUAACAUAAUUUAUGGCCUUGGAUCAUCAGAAAUGCCGUUCUCUCCUACUAUUCAGGCUCUCUCGAGCUCAGGAUGUAGCCAUAAGCAUUGUGUGGCGCUCACCACCUGUUCUGGAAGCCAGUGGCCAAGCCACCCUACUGAACGUGCCUCGCCCCUUCAAAAGCCGAUGGGAUUGCUGAGUGAGCCACCUUUGGCGUCGACCUGUUUCAAAGACCUUAUUCAUUUUGCUAUUGAGAAAAAUCUCAGCCAGCAACCAUGGUGCCGUCCAUUAGAUUCGAUGUCCAUCUCUACCCCAUUAACGUCCAUGGCCCCUUCCAUUGGUCUGUCUAGUCAGAUGGCUGCCUCAUGCCCUUGUUCUGGAUCCUCUCCAAGUAUUCUGUACUCGCAGCCACAAUACCAGUAUUCAAAUCCACAUCAACAAGCUUCGCAUUUACACUCACAUCAUACUUUAAGUCAUCAACACCAACAGCCCUUAUUUAGUCAUCAACAACAUCUUCAUCCUGGCCUAACUAUUGGAUCCUUACCCCUUGGGCAUCAUUCAUCCGUUCAACCAAUUUCUUCAUCCUCUGAAUCCAUUCGACAUGGUAUUGUCUCCUCAUUAUCUUCAUCCAACAUUGGGCCCGGGCUUGUAUCAACUGCUUCAUCAAGUUCUAGCAAUGCAAAUCUGUGUACUGUUAAUAGCCUGCUUAGUGGACUUGAUCCGGCCAUUCUUCAAGCUGCUUUAGCCAAAGUAGGUCCCUUAUCUAGCGAUCCUUCGAUUUCUGCAGCCAUUGCUGCUAUGGUGACUGCUGGUGCACUUCCACAUUCACUUAACAUGCCCAACGAAUAUAAGCAGACAUAUCACCCCCACCACUCGCCCCCUGCUCUAUCUGUCUCCGUUCCUGCUCCGGCUUCGGGCACUCAAUAUCAUUCUGCUCAGUAUCCCCAUCACUCACAGGCGUCGCAGCAGCAUCAACAACACCAUCACUCUCAUCAGCAUCAGCAAUUGCCUCGCAAACAAUGUUCCUCUCAACAAAUUUCACGGCCUCAUCAACCGCACCAUGCCCAUCACACUGAACGUCUGCCAACCAUCUAUUCACCAGGUUUGGCAGGCUCAUCUUUAUCUGGAUUCCAGAGCACGCAUUUAUCUGGAUUUAACCCAUUUGUUGAAUCAAAUAAUGGCGUUACUAUAGCAGGAAACGCCCCGAGCAAUAGUGGGAGUGGAAGCGGAGGCGUAGUUGCGGGACCGCAAAUACGUUUGCACACCCCUUCUUUGAUGGCUGAAGUGUGUGCAGCUGCUGCAGCUGCUGCAGCCCAAUUCGCUGUUUCGCGAAGCGCCGAUAUGUCUCCGACUGGUCAUCUCAUUAACUCACUAGCCGCUGGUGGUUCGGUAAAUUAA